GGCACCGGUGCAACCAACAUCCAACGUCACGGUCUGUACUGGGUGCAUGCCAGCCGUACCUAAUCAACGAGGACUUGACAACUACGUAUGUACUGGGGAUGCCAUCCGCUUCACUGUUCCUAAUUUUCUGCUCACGAUAUGUCUGACCCGGAGAACGCCGCGUACCGGCUCUUGUCUUUCAAGUACACACCGACCAAGCUGACAACUGGGGCAGACCACCCAGCCGCCGACGACAACGUUGAUGGUAACCACGACGGCGAAGCUCACACCCGCACUAGACAACCACGAUUGGGCCAGGAAUCAGAACUGCCGUCUCUGUCGUCCCUCGCCGCGGCUCUGCCAGUUGUCGAUGCCACACCUGCACCAGCGAUGAACCAAAGCUUGCCGACCCUGAGCGGCACAGACACGCAGGCAAAUACCGUGCCUGAUGCAAAGCAGGGAGCAGACCCUGGCCCAGAUCCCCCAGCUGCCAGCUUCCAUAUAUUCGGAGACCUCCCCGCCGAGCUUCGCAUCAAGAUAUGGCACCUGACCUUCCUCCCCCGUGUCGUCGAACUGCAUCCCACCAGGCCCAACUACGCCCGGGACAGCGGCCGCCAGCAGCAGUGGCAGUCGGGAUGCAGCAACCCGGCAGCCCUGUCCGUGAGCUCCGAGGCCCGUCAGAUAGCCCUGGGCCACUUCCGCAUCGCCUACCCCCUCGCCUCCAUCACCAGCCAACAGGAGGGACCAGGGCAGGCCCCAUUCGCCAGGUAUUCCGCCGCCGCCGAGCACAUCGGCAACUACUACAACUUUUCCGGGCCCAGUGCCACAGGGAAGGCCAUUCUGCGCCGGCGCACGCUGCACAUUUCGCCCGAGGUCGACACCGUCGCUCUGCUCGGCCAGGAUAUCGACCUCGGCAAGAUCUCGGCGCUGCUUGACUCCUUCCGGGACGCCGACCCACAGGAGCUCGGCCUGAGCAACCUGGCGCUGAGCACGCGCGGCUGGGGCUACCCGGGAUCCGCUGCUAUGAUGAGGAGUUUCAACCGGACCAUCCUCAAGGGCCUGGGGCAGUUGACCCUGUUCAUGUACGGCGAACCACUUCCACCCCACGAGUGGAACGUCAAAGGGGCUAGUCUAGAUGAGCAGACACUGAGUCGGUUCAGGGAGACGGGGAACCGGUGCGAGCUGGUCCCUUGCGAGGGCAGCAAUGCUUGGUACGCAUAUAAGCUGUGGAGCAGUGGGAAAGGCAGGCAGUUCUGGAACGACGAGGGAAAGAUUAUGCAGGUCGGAAGGAACGAUCUGAAAAUAAUGGACCUGAAGUUCUCGGAUGGCUGGUGAUUACGGGCAACUGAUCGGUCUUGGUGACGGCGGGGAUGCGAGAACCCGUUCGUCUUUUCGCGGGACAGCAAAGCUGGAGCGAUAUACGGUAUACAGUAAUAGAGAUGCAUAUUGAGGA